UUUUCGUCGGUGCUUAAUUCAUUCACCUUAAUCAUUAAGCAAUAAAUUCACCUUCUCUAAAAACCAAAAACCCCUUCAAUCUCAAUUCACAAAAUCACAAAACUACUUUCUCUCUCUAAACCGUUACAACAAACAAUGGCAACAGUGUCCUCUGCACCACCCGUUCUCCCUGUCACCACCGUCCCUCCAGUAUCAACCACCACCGGAUCCACCGUCUCUGGUACCGGAUCCGACGUUCCGGUAAACUCCCCCGCCGUCCGCGUCCUCAUCAACAACCUCUCUGAAUCACUCCGCAACGGCCUCGCACAACGCCGUCCAUGGACAGAACUCGUCGACCGCUCCGCCUUCAGCAAACCUGAAUCCUUCUCCGAUGCCACCCUCCGUGUCCGCAAAAACUACUCCUACUUCCGUGUCAACUACUACGCCGUCGUUGCCGGAAUCCUCGCUGUCUCUCUCCUCACCAAUCCAUUCUCUCUCAUCCUCCUCAUCGGCCUCCUCGCUUCAUGGACCUUCCUCUACCUCUUCCGUCCUACCGAUCGUCCUCUCGUUCUCUUCGGUCGCACUUUCACCGAUUUUGAAACGCUUAUGAUCCUCUCAGGACUCACGAUCUUCGUCGUUUUCCUCACCAGUGUUGGAUCUGUUCUUGUUUCCGCUUUAAUGCUCGGUGUCUCUGUUGUUUGUCUCCAUGGAGCAUUCCGUGCACCAGAAGAUCUCUUCCUUGAUGAACAGGAUAAUUCUCAGGCUACCGGAUUCCUCUCCUUCCUCCGUGCUCCUACUACCGGUGCUGCCGCUGUUCCUUCCUCCGGACGCGUUUGAUUUGGUGAUGGUAUCGGUUUCUGAUCUCAGAUCCGUUGAAUUUUGGUACUGUGGUGAAACCUAAUGCUGAAAAAAUUUAAUUUUUUUUUGUUUUUUUUAUCAAUUUCUUGAUCUGUAUUGACAUUGGAUUCAUAUACAUAUAGGUGAAGAUGAAUCUUGAAUAUUAUAUGUAAGGAUCUUUGCUAUUUGUUGAUUUUGUAAUAUACUGGAUUUGGUUAUGUUGUUGAUGGAUCUAUCAAUUUUCUGUAACCGAUUUAUUCAUUCUGUAAUAUUAGCAAGCUCUUAGUUCUUUGAUUUGGUUUAUCAUGAAUCAA